AGUUUUUCUUUGUUUCCAAUUGUCCAGGUGUCCCUCUUGCCUGAGAAUGACAGAUGGAAUGAAACUAGAGCUCAGCUGCUUGUGCAGAUGGAUGUUAGUAUGGGAAGAAGAGGGGCUGAGGAGAUUAUUUUUGGAACUGACCAUAUCACAACAGCUUGGAGUUAUGACCUACAGUGAUACUGGGAAACCGAGUCCAGAAACUCAAUCUGCUAUUGAACAAGAAAUUAGAAUCCUUCUAAGGCACUGGUGCUGGUGUCUAGAAGCGGCGAAGAGCCGAGCGGAAAGUGGAGUGUUGGUUAAGCCUCUAGGCUUUGCAAUGAAGAAGUUUUUUUGUUUCCGGACUGGGAAGGUGUGUUCAUCCUCGACCAUUGACAUCGAGGGGAUGAAUGACUUGAUGGCUUCCGUUCACAAGGAGGAAGUCACGGAGACCCAGCCACGGUAUAACAUCCGCGUGAAAGAGCUCAAAAAGAUCCACAAAGUUGCUGUCAUGGACAACAUAUUCAAAAUGCAGCGGUUGCUACUGCGUGGGAAGAACGUGAAUAAAAGAGACAAGAGGAAAAGGACGCCUCUCCAUCUGGCCUGUACCAUCGGCCAUGCCGACAUGGUAGAUUUUCUUGUUGAGAGGAAAUGCAAGCUUGACCUCUAUGAUGGAGACUGUAGGACUCCUCUAAUGAAGGCUGUACAAUACCAGGAAGAGGCAUGUGUAACUAUUCUUUUAGAACACGGUGCUAAUCCACAUCUUACGGAUAAGUUUGGCAAUACUGCCCUCCACUAUGCUGUUGCUGGUGAGAACACAUCAAUAGUAGAGAAGCUGAUUUUAUACCAUGCAAAUAUUGAAGCAAGAAACAAGGUCGAAUUCACACCAUUUUUACUUGCUGUAAUUGAAAACAAUCAUGAAAUGGUGGAAUUGUUAAUUAGAAAAAAAGCAGAUGUACAUGUGGUUGAUAAGUUUAAAAGAACAGCCCUCAUGCUUGCUGCACCUUCUACAUCUCCAGAUGUAGUCAGGCUUCUUCUUCAGCAAGGUGUUAAUACCUCUUCUCGAGAUGAACGUGGAUGGACGGCAGGAGACUAUGCUCUUUUUAGUGGAUUUGAUGGCAAUCGCCAAAUAAUUGCCAAACAUACAGAAGAAAGACUUAAAAAUUUUUCGCAAAAUAACAACCCAGUGGCGAAUAAGACUUCUGAAGAAGACUCUUUAAGCAGUAUUUCCAUUAAACCUGGUGAUGAUAAUGCUUCAUGGCCUACAUCAGAUGAUGAAGACUUAAGUUUGAAUAUGAAGGUAAUGUACUCUCUUGUGAAAUUAAUUUUUCUGCUCUGAAUUUAGUUUUGUCUAUUAUUUUCUCCUAAAACUUAGCAGUGGCCUGCCUAUCAUCAUUUUAUGUUUGAAGUGGAAAGUUGGUCAGAACAAACCACUUUAUAGAAAUAGGACAAGUUGAAUUUUUUUUAACUCUGUUAAAUAUCAAAGUUAGAAAAAAUGGGCUGGAAAUAUAUAAUGACAGGAAAAUUAUAUUGGGAAAAGCUUUCCCAUGAUGGAGGAAAUACGGCAUUUGGUCAAGGAUAAGGAUUCUUACUGUGAGUUUUAAAUUAUCAUGACUUUUCUUUCUUUUCCUUUCUCUUUUUCUCUUUAUCUCUCUUUUUCUUUUCUUCUAACAUGACUUUUAUAAUACUCAUGCCUAAAUGAAUCUUUAGUGGAACCAGUUAUUUAUUACAGAUUGUUUUUUCUUGGACAUUUUUUAUUUUGGUAGCAUACAGUUUUAUGAUGAAGGGU